AUGUCCACGGAAGAUGAUCGAGUUCCAUGUCAUUUCAAGAACUUACAAUUAAAUCCAAAAGCAGCUCGUACAAUUUAUAAUAAUAUAAAUGCUAAAUUAGCAUUGACAAAAACGAUUCGAACAAUUCCAUUAGAACAAUCUGAUAUCGAGCAAACAAGCAGUUACGAUCGUAAAUUAGCAUAUUUUAUACGGUUUCAUUUGUGUGAUAUUUUGACAAGUGAUCAUCGUCAAAUUUGGCUUAAUAUUCAGACAAAAGCACUUGAUGAUAUCGAAGAUCGUAGUCAAAUUUUAAAAGAAAUUCCUGAUGAAAUUCGUGUGGUUUAUAGUUUUGGAGCCAUGCUCUCAUGUGAUACUUUUAUUGGACAUACAGAUGAACGAAAUCUUGCGAAUAUUUAUGUGCAAAAAUUUCCUAAAGCAAUUAAAUUAGAAACAACAACAUAUUUUCUAACAAUUCGAUUCAAAAACAUAGAUCCACAGAUUUUAAUCAAUCACUCUACGAAUGACAAUUCAAUUCAAAUUAUUUUCAUGCUUAAAUCCUCACCGAUCGUCGAAAAAAAAGAAGGAAAAAAAUGCAAUCACACACAACUGAUGAAACAACUUCCACUAUGUAGUGAUUUACUUGUACGAUUUUUUCCGGCUAAUGCAGCAUGGAAAUUCUUACGUAACUUACCAAUAGCUGGUUAUACUCGAAGAGCAUCUGAUGAUUUAUUUCAUAUCAAUUUUGCUUUAUUUCGUUGGCAAAAAGAUCCAAGUAAUUUUUCACCUAUAGGUAUGCCGUCAUAUCCUUCUGCUUAUGAUUCUUAUGGAAUGGAAAUGCUUUGGUCAUCGGGUUAUUUAUUUCAAGAUAAAUACAAUGCUGAUUCUCAAUUCAUAGUUGAUGUUGUACAUAAAAAACUAUAUGAUUUAUCUUGUACAAUCUGGCGUAAUCUAAAACAGAAUCAUUGUUAUCGAAUUAGAGAUGCAUUGCAUGAGGCAACUUCAAAAACAAAUCAUAGAGCUUCUGAUGAGUCAUCACACUUAAAACAAGUGGCAUUUGCAAUUAUAACACCAAAUCGUAUUGAAUAUCAACCGAUGCAAGUGACACGUUGUCAUCGAGGAUUUGAAUUAUAUUCUCCGGAGAAUUGGUUACUUGUUCACAUACGUGAUUAUAAUGGAAUAGAUAAAAUUAAUAAUUUAGAUCUUCAAAUGCGAGUACGUUUUAGAAAUUUAAUGAUAAAAGGUAUUUUUCGCGAUAAACGUUACUUUCAAUAUUUUGGAUCAUCGGGCAGCCAAAUGAAUGAACAUGCUGGUUGGUUUCUAUCAGUUCCUCAGGGAACAACUAUGGAAUCAGCACGUGUACAAAUUGGAGACCUGUCAAAAAUUCUCAAUGUAUCUACUUAUAUGGCACGAGUUGGUCUAUAUCUAACAACAUUAAAGUCACCUGGGUUAUUUAAAUCUAAAACUGAGAAAAUAGAAUACACGGCUACUAUUAUUCCAGAUAUUGAACGUAAUGAAUUUUGUUUCACUGAUGGAUGUGGUACAAUAUCUCUUGGUCUAGCGAAAAAAAUAGCGGAAAAUAUCGGAAUUCAAGUUAACGAAAAGUCGGAUAUUCUAUCGGCUUUUCAAGUUCGAAUAGCUGGAUGUAAAGGAAUGUUAUCAAUUGAUCCUAAAUCGAAAUCAAAUGAAUUCUAUAUUAAAGUUCGAAAGAGUAUGGUGAAAUUUGAAAGUGAUGAUUGGACUCUUUAUGUUGUUGAUCAUUCUCGACCUAUGCCAUUGAGUUUGAAUAAUCAAGUUAUUCGAUUAUUGAGUGAUUUGGGCAAUAGUAAUGGUGUAUUUGAAUCUAUUCAAAUGCGUUGUAUUGAUCGGAAAGAGUUUUGGCAUCCACCAGCAAAAUGUUAUUUGAAUGCAUUAGAGUCUCUGGAUCAAUCAGUAAUAAAUGAAAAUCGACAAAAAUAUAAAAAUGCAAAAAACUUUCUUAUUCGUAAUAAAAUUCCAUUGCCUGUAAAUGAGGCUCGAUGUCUGUUCGGCAUAGUCGAUGAAACUAGUACAUUAAAACCAGGAGAAUGUUUCAUUCAGUAUCGCAGCCUCGAGAAUUCGUCUACUUCCGAAAAAUAUAUUGUACAUACAGGUACUGUAUUAGUUACUAAAAAUCCAUGUCUUCAUCCAGGAGACAUCCGUAAACUUAAAGCUGUAUAUGUACCAAAACUUCAGUCUUGUAUACGCGAUUGUAUUGUAUUUUCUACUAAUGGCUAUCGGCCUAGUUUCAAUGAGAUGGCUGGAGCUGAUCUUGAUGGUGAUCAGUAUUGGGUUUAUUGGGGUGAGGAGUUUUAUAUCGAAGAAGUUGUUAAACCAUUAUUGUAUCCAUCGGCAAAGAAAUCUUGUGUCAAUCAAAUAACAAAUGAACUCAUUGUAGAUCAUGUGCUUGAUACAUUCACAGAUACAGCUCCCGGUAUUAUUGCUAAUACACAUUCGGUGAUUGCCGACAAACAUCUCGAUGGUACACUUUCGAAAGAAUGUGAAGAAUGUGCUCUGCUCUUCGCCCGAGCAAUUGAUGCGCGCAAAACUGGUGAAAAUAUUAAUUUAACGUCCAUUAUGCGACUUAGAGACAAGUAUUGCCAAACAUACCCAGAGUGGAUGAUGAAAUUUGACAAACCAAAGAUGGAUCCACCGAGCAAGUCGAUUAAUGAAAUUCUCUAUCGAAAAGCUCAAGAUGCAUGGAUACAUUCAGACAACUAUAGUGACACUCUGCGAUAUUUUCCGGUUGUUCAAAAUCCAAUAAAUGAAAUAACAAUUGAUAUGAAUGAACAAGAUACAGCUAUAGAACAAGAACAAAUUGAAACCAAGACAGGAUACUGCCGUAAAUUGUGUUGUGUAAUUGUAGUCAUAUUCGUAAUAGUCGUUGUAGUUGUAGUAAUAAUGAAAAAACAAAAACAAUGAACUAGUUUGCUGAACUUAGUCUAUAUCCGUAUAUUAUAAAAAUAAAAUUUUCAUGCUAUUAAAAAUAGUACUUUCUAUGCAUCGUAGAAUGUGAAAAACAACUGGCAAUAUUAAAAUAUAAUUUCUCAUCAUGUUCUAAAUCACAACAAAAUGACAAAUUAGUCACUCGUUGUAUUAGACAAGUUUGAUGUUAUAUAGAACUCUCAAAGUUCAGUCUUCCUGUUUAGAAUAAUUUUAUAUUCAAUAUCGUGAAUGAUGGGUAUAUGAAUUUGGGUGCCGGUGUAGGAUGUGUUUGGUGAUUUCCUUGCGUCCACACCGCAUACCAACCUACCCUCAUACCCACAUCCACACUCAGAAUCGGCUGUUGUGUUGGUGAGAAAAAUACAAUUAGCAUCAAGGUCGUAACCGGACUCCAGGCAGCAUUGUAUAAGAAGCAAAUAGAUAGUAUUUGAAUUGGGUGUGGGUGGGUGUGGGUAUGGGUGUGGGAUGUGGGUGUGUGGGUGUGGGUGUAGGUUAAGAAAAACUUGACACCCACACUCACACCCAGAUUGACCCCAUUAGACAAAAAAAUGCUCGCUUUAUUUUUUUCCUUUAUUUUGUCUGACCAUCCAAAAUGUAGUGGAAUGGACGGGUGACGUCGGACAUACAUACAAUGGCUAUUUUAUUUAUUGGUCGAUUGAUCAAUUACACAGUCAUAUACUCUAUUCUUUGUAUAUUUUAUAUAUAUGUACGUCAUUUCGUCAGUCAGUGCAAUGGCUAAUUCUACUCUAUUGGAAGAUAUAUCGAACGAAAUAUUUUGUGAGAUCUUUGAUUAUUUAAAUGCAUUCGAUUUGUUCUUGGCAUUUGCUUCUCUUAAUUCACGUAUUUCAUCUAUUUUAAAAUUAACUCGUCUUCAUGUAAUUAUUGAUACUGAAUAUUGUCGUCGUCAAAUUGAAUUUCUGUCUCAUCACUUGACCUUUCAUUCCGAUCAAGUUAUUUCGCUGGAUAUUUCUGAUAAAAUCUGUGAUCAAACAAAUGUCAUUGGAUAUCUUUUUAAUCGACAUAAGUUCUCCA